UAAAAACAGAACUGACACCAGUGAGAUAGGAGCCCACACCCGCCAGGACAGGACAAGAGGAGCAGGCAGGCCUACUCCUCUUAGCUGCCUCAAAGGCGUUGUAAUUUGUUUUCCUUCGGUUUGCUCCCUGACAAAAUGAACAGCAUGGAGAACUUGGAGAAACAGCUCAUUUGUCCUAUAUGUCUGGAGAUGUUUACCAAACCUGUGGUCAUCCUACCCUGCCAGCAUAACCUCUGCAGAAAAUGUGCUAAUGACGUUUUCCAGGCUUCAAACCCUUACCUUCCAACCCGAAGUGGCUCACUGACGUCCGGUGGCCGCUUCAGAUGUCCCUCCUGCAGACACGAGGUGGUCCUGGACAGACACGGCGUUUACGGCCUACAGAGGAACCUGCUCGUGGAGAACAUUAUCGAUAUGUUCAAGCAGGAGACGAGCAGCAGCAGCAAGCCUACGCCAGAGAGAAAGGACGAAACGCCCAUGUGUGAGGUCCACGAGGAGGAGAAGAUCAAUAUUUACUGCGUGACCCACGGCAUGCCCACAUGCUCCAUGUGCAAGGUGUUUGGAGCACACAAAGACUGCGAGGUGUCACCUAUUAGCAGCAUUUACCAGACAAAGAAGACAGAGCUGAGUGACGGGAUCGCCAUGAUGGUCGGUAACAACGACAGGAUGCAGGGCAUCAUUAGUCAGCUGGAGGAGACCUGCCGUGCCAUAGAGGAAAACAGUCGGAGGCAGAAGACCCUGGUCUGUGAGAAGUUUGACCAGCUGUACUCCAUCCUGGAGGAGAAGAAAAGGGAGAUGAGUCAAAAGGUGACGGCGGAACAGGAGGAGAAGGUGAACUACAUCCAGGGGCUGACCAGGAAGUACGGAGACCACCUGGACGAGAGUUGUAAGAUCGUGGAGCUGGGCAUACAGACCAUGGAGGAGCCAGAGGUGGCCUUAUUCCUGCAGAACACAAAGCCUCUCCUCAAAAAGAUCUCAGAGGCAUCCAGUACGGCACACUUGGAUAAAGUUGAGCGUGGCUAUGAGAACAUGGAUCACUACAGCGUGGACUUCAAGAGAGAAGGCAAGGCCCUGCGCACCAUCGACUUCAUAAAAGAUGAUGAGGACGAUGAUGACGAAGAUGAGGACGGAGAAGCAGACGUUGAGGAUGGAGAGGAGCCGCACACUGUUUCUGGAGGCAGUGCCGUCACUAGCGCGUCCGUCCAACCUCCUCCUGCUCCCGCCCAGCAGAUAAGCUCCUCCCCAAACACAGCAAAGAGCCCCGCCUCCACCCAACCCCUGACAACACCUAAACCUGGAGUUUGAUAACUGUCGCUCCUAUGUGUUGGUUUCAGUUCCAGUUGUGAUACUUUUCCUCUCAGAUGUUGGGAACAGUGAGCCGGAUCUGCACAUCCGUGCCAGAGGGAAAGUCGUAGCAAGUUGCUGACGUAGAUGUAAAUGAAGAGGCAUCUCCUUUAUCUCAUAUCGUGUUCGCUUGCGUCAUUUCAUACCGACUUGGUGUCAUCUUCUUUUUUUUCAUUUUGGACAAACUAAAUUACCAUCAGGCCAUAAGAGAGUAUUAGUUAUUUCCAGGACUUAAAGGUGAUCAUACUUUUUUUUUUAUGUCACUGACCUUUCCCAUGCAGCUCACAGCUUAAACUACAUCAUUAGACAACACGGCAUGACAAGCCUCCCGGUCGUAUAGUUUAUGGCUGAUAUAACCUCAUGAUUAUGGAAGCUUGAGUAAAAAAAAACUUUCAUUACCGUGACAUUUACGGUAUUUCAUACACACAACGGCCUCAAUUAUUUGUCAAUGUUACGGGCAGAACAGUUACAUUUGCAUUUUGUUACCGUGUAUUAUAUACAUAUAAAUAUAUAUUA